GGCCAAACCAAGCGGUCCCGUGCCACCGUUCCGAGAUGUCUCCAUACACCUCGCAGGCGAGCGUUGAUUCCGGAGGCGAGAGGGAGCGGGAGGAAGACGACGGGGACGACGACCCCGUUGUCUUCUACCGGGAAUCCAGGCCCUCGGAACCGCGGCCGUCCUGGGCCCUGUCCCAGGGGUCGGUGCCCUUCGGGACGGACGCGGGGGGGACCACAGGGAAGCCCGGAGAGGCCCCUUUGUUUGGGGACCACGCCCGAAUCAGCAUCCACGACCGCCAGAGCCCGGAAAAGGGGCAAGCGGCGGCGGCUGCCUCCCUCCUCGCGGCGCGCAAGCGGCAGCGAAAGAGCAGCGGCCGGAGGCUGGCCGGCUCCCGGGGCAGCGACGCCCGGGAACACGGGUGGCACGACGGCGGGAACAGCGAAGACGACAACGACGACGACGACGACGGGUUUGCGUCCCUGCGGUCCAUUGUGGGGCGGCAGGAGCUGCGGCGGGACGACGAGAGCAGCGAAAGCAGCAGCAACAAAAGCAGCAGCAACAACAACAACCACCACAACGACAACAGCAAGGGAAACGGGAACGACCGGCGGGUGCGAGCGGGAACCGAGGCCACGGGCGUCCCCCUUUCCUCAGACGAUUCUUGGCGGGAGAGCGCCGGCCAGAAUCCGCAGCGCGACGAUUUCSAAGAGCCUCUGUGUUCUCCGCCCGAGUUUGAUCUUUGCGUUUCGAACAACUACAACGACGACGACGAAGAAGAAGAAAACAACAACUAUGAAGAUCAUAACAACAACAACAAAAACAAAAAAAACAACAACAUCACCAACAAGGACGGUCCCGAUGAAUUCGACAACAGCCUUAACCCCAUCGCGACGAAGGGCUCUUCCCUCGCUGGACGGAUUGGAAGGCAUUCCGGCUCGGAGACCUACGGUCAUCGAAAGAGCGUUCCAGGAAAGAAGGCCAAUCCAAAUCCAAACUUAAAUCGAAAGAGAAAGCGGUCCGAUCCGAUGCGCAGGGAGGGGCUCGGGGUUCCUCUCCCAAGGAAUCGCCGCCGCGACGAAAGAACAAAGCAGGACCGAUACCAGAACCGAACGCAGGGAGAAUCUAGAGCAGAAAGGGAAACCAAUGUGCAAACCGUAAAAUCGAAAUCCAUUGUCGGGCUUCGGUACGUAUUGGUAGGCUCUUCGGCCAGCGAAUCCAUCCAGCGAACCAGCCCCGCUCCUAACAUUUUAUAUCUUUGUUUUGUUUGCGCUCCUUCCAUCCCAGGCCCACCCAUUGGGCUCGAUCGCGAGACCGAGACCGAGACCGAGGCAGCGUCCACCGCGGUGACAACGGUGGCGGCAAGGCCACCGGAAGCACGCAGCAGCUCGCUACCGCAUCGGCACUGGCAGCGGCAACACGGACGAGAGCCCCGUUCCGCGGGCUCUCCAAGAACCGCCGCGGCACGAAAGGCGGCACCGACGCGCCGACCAGAUCGCGGACACCGGAGGACCUCCCGGCGGCGCACGGCUCCGGCUCGACGGACAAGACACCGACCAAGCCGUCCUCCUUCAGCUUUGCUCCGUCCUUUGCUCGCACCAAGAACAGGGUGCUCGCGGAGGACGCCAUCGGCGACGACUCCGACUCGGACGCCCCGGGGAAGGGAAGAAAGGUGGUUGCCGGCGCCGCCGCCGGGAAUCCCUCGAACGCCUCGCCGGUCGCUCCCGGCCGCCGGCGCAGCAGCGGGGGAUGGGUCCGGGCCCUGGCGGCCCUCCGCCGCGCCCGGGAGGCCGACCUCGCGCGGCUCCGCAACCCCCCCRUCGGGAGGCCCGCCUUCCUCCCGGCCCGGGACCCCCGGAAGAACGCCGGGACGGUGACGGACGCCACGGUGCUGGGCGGCUUUGGCGACAACAACAACAACAWCAWCAACAACRACGAYGACGACGACGGGGACCUUCCGGAGGACGCAAAAGUCACCGUUCUCGGCUGCGUCCACCGCCACGGGCCGGGCCGCCAGGCUUCCGGGGAGGCGGCCUUUUUGGCGUGGUUGGACUUUUCCCUCGCCACGGCCCGCAGCGUCGGGCUGGAGCCGCACCGCCGGCUGAGGAUCUACAACGCCGUCGUCCUGCCGUGCCGGCACCCAGCGUUCGUCGAUCUCCCSCCGUCCUCGAUCGCGUGUCUCAACGAGAACACCCAGGACGGGGAAGGAUUUCCCGGCGAUCCGGGCGGCGCAAGGAUCCGCUGCGAAAAGACGGUCCUGUGCACGCAGCUGUGCGAACGGAUCGACUGACGGAGGGAUCGAUGGAUGCGGGCAUUCGCGUUCGYAMAUGGACCAGACUCGUCCCAUGAAUCGAGAGGGCAGGGGACGACGUGGUCGUCUACGCACGAGAACCAACGAGGCGUCUGGGUCACACAUAGAGAGA